GUUGUUAUCUCCCUUGGUUCUAUUUCCGUAACUUUGCAGACGUAAAAUAACGAUGGCAUUGCAAGCAGCUAAAAGAUUAACCUCCCUGCGGUUUAUUGGAAUCAGGGCCAUGAGUGAUGAAUGGGGAAGUGGUGCAGGAAAGGGUGGUGGUGCUGGUGGCAGUGUAAGAGAGGCUGGUGGAGCAUUUGGUAAGAUGGAGGCUGCCAGGGAAGAGCAAUACUUCAGAAAAUUGCAAGCUCAACAGUUAAAAGAAAUGAAAGAUCACUUAGAUGAGGAAGUCAAUCAUCACGAAGUACAAAUUAAACAGCACCAGGAAGCAAUUGACAGACACAAGAAGAGAAUAACUGACCUAGCUAAGGCAGAAAAGAAAACAGACGGGUCCAGUAGUAGUGAUUAAAAUAUCCCUGAGAAAAACAUAGUUAAAUCAAGAGUUUCUUCUUACGUACGACUGCAUAUGUGUUUCUUUGUCAAUGUGAUUUUUUAAAAUUUAGAAACUGAGAAGAUGAAUAACAAUUCUUUUAUGUAUGUCAGGGAAUAUUAUGAAAUGUCAUUGUAGACAUUUAAAUGUGUGACUUGUUAUAGAAUAAAUUAAUGAACAACA